ACAGCUCCAUCGACUUUCCCAUCGAAGACCUGUCACAACUACAGAUGGAUCGGGAGCGCGCGUUUGAAGGAAGAAUAAUGUCUGAUGAAGAUUACUUUCGGUUCAAGCCGACCAUCUAACCGAAACGGCCCAGUCACGGUGGUUCUCUCCAAAGGAAGCCAAAGAAAUCCGCGCAGCGCGACGAGGGUAUGCCGGAUGAGGGAUUCCAGCUGACCCCUCGUCUCGCACUGCCCUCUGUCGCACCAUAUAGUCUAUUUCUGACCGGGACGACCAGCUCGCCGGCCCAUACGCGGCUUCCCCAUCCCCUUCAUCUGACAUUCUUAAGCGACUGCCCAGUAUCAGCAGCUUGCAGCAAACCAUGUUUGUUUUUUUCUACGUUCUCUUCCUCACCCAGCUCGCGAUCACCAGCUGGACUUUCAAGCCUUCGCGGACCAGUAACCGUUGCAACACAGCCGUCUGGUGGACCGCACAUCACGCCCCCUUUACAACCUCCCACACUCGCAGCUAUGAUGUCGGGCAGUCCGGAACCAGCUUUUCUAGCAUACGGUCGGCGGCAAAGUAGCACAGCCUCAAUCAGCAGUGUCGGCGGUGCUGGCUCACUCAGCACAAGUAUUGGUAAUCCGCGAAUCAGACUGAGCAAUCUAAACGCAGAGCGACUGAGCCCCUCUCCAGGCUAUGCUGGAGAUGCUAAUCCGUCAUCACCAGCGCGGUCCCAUGUACCCUUGCGACCAGCUCCUGCGAUGGUGCCGAGCUAUGAUUCCUUCAGUCCUUCGACGCCCUCGCCCUUGGCGCAGCAGCUUUCCAUGCAAGGUGAUGCUGAGAGCUCAUCCCUUCGCAGAGGAUUCCGGCACCCUCCGAGCACAGGCAGUGCUACAGGGUUGAUCGGUCGACAACCGCUGUCACACGCUUCAAAGCUCCCUAUGGGCGAGUUUCCAAGCCUACGAGUCGUUUUUUCUGACUACCCUUCCUCUUCACGCACCUCAGCCUCGAUCAACAAUCCCGGAAAGACUGCUUCAUGUAUCCUGUCAGCACCUGCAUCCGUUCCUGGUGCUUCCUCGAACAUGCCCAUUCCAACCGUCGGUCCUCGCGCCAUCCUGAGGACUCCUUCGAUUCCGCCAACCUUCGAAGCGAUCGGCGAGCGCCUGACCCGAGUCGCGCGUUGAAAAGAGUACCUCCGCGACGGUGAUAGAUCUGAGGCGUCGUUCAGGCAAGCACGGCUAUGCCUUCUCCAUUUCCACCUCGUCCGGGAUUGUGCCAUGGCAACCGCGGCGAACAGUGCGUGCUCAAGGAGAAACAGCGACCAUUUUGAGCGGCAAGUCGUAAGGUUGGCUUCGAU